CCACUGCUUUGUUUUGUAUUGUGUGUUUUCCGUGUGAGGAUAUGUGCACACGAGCCCACAGACCUAGAAACAUGAGGCGUCUUCAGGUGUUGCUUCUGGGGCUCCUGCUCCUCCAUCAGGGCUGCUGCUUUGAGUUUGUGAUAGACGGGGAAUGGGAGGACGAGAUGUCACAGACGCAGGAUCAUCGGGAGAGACAUAAGAGAGCGAUAUUGACCAGUGAGGAGCAGGAAGACUUUGAGGCCAUCCGUGGAGAUGACAUCACUGUCAGGAGCUACAAAGUGGAAAGCCGCAUCACGUCACGCUUUUCCCACACCAUCAUCAGUAGCUCUGUGGUCAAUUCAGGCUCCAAUCCCCAGAGCAUCGCCUUCAACGUCCAGAUCCCAAAACGAGCUUUCAUCACCAACUUCACCAUGAAUGUGAAUGGGAUAACGUUUGUGGGCUCAGUGAAGGAGAAGACGGUGGCCAGGAACCUGUAUGCUCAGGCCAGAGCGAGAAACAAGGCAGCCGCCAUCAUCAGGACUAAUUCCCAGGACAUGGAAACCUUUAAAACAGAGGUCCAUGUGCCCUCGGGCAGCAAUAUUGAAUUUGAGCUGCACUACCAGGAGAUGAUGCACAGGAAGCUGAAUCUCUAUGAGCAUACGCUGCACCUGCAGCCAGGGAGGCUGGUGCCACAGCUCCAGGUGGACGUGUACAUCUUUGAGCCGAAAGGAAUUGCGACAGUAAAGGCAUCAAACACCUUUGGAGCGCAGUUUGCAGAUCUAAUUAAAGUAACGUCCACCAAAGACAAGGCUCAUAUUGUGUUCAAGCCCACCGUACAGCAACAGAAGAAGUGUGAAAACUGCACAGAAAGCACUGUAGAGGGUGUUAUUACAGUUUUAUAUGAUGUGAACAGAGACAGCAAUGCUGGGGAACUGCAGGUCUCAGAUGGCCACUUUGUUUACUUCUUUGCUCCGUCCAACCUCUCCCCUCUUCCAAAAAACAUUGUGUUCGUCAUUGAUGUCAGCGGGUCCAUGUGGGGGGUCAAAAUGAAGCAAACGGUGCAGGCCAUGAAAGCUAUUUUGGACGACCUGACCAUCGAUGACAACUUCAGCAUCAUAGACUUUAACCAUAAUGUGCGCUGCUGGAGUGCGGAGCUUGUACCUGGCUCCUCCAUUCAGAUUGCAGAUGCCAAGAGAUACAUUGAGAACAUUAAACCCAGUGGGGGCACCAACAUCAACGAGGCCCUACUGAGAGCUGUUCAGAUGUUGGUGAAAGCGUCCAAUCAAAAGGUCAUUGACCCUCGCUCCGUCUCCAUGAUCAUUCUUGUCUCUGAUGGAGACCCCACUGUUGGUGAGAUCAAGCUCAGUGCAAUCCAGAAGAAUGUAAAGCGAGUGAUGAGGGAGGAGUUUUCGCUCUUCUCACUCGGCAUCGGCUUCGAUGUGGACUAUGAUUUCCUGCAACGUAUUGCAACGGAGAACAGGGGCAUGGCUCAGAGGAUCUACGCCAACCAUGAUGCAGCAGAGCAGCUACGGGCAUUUUAUAGCCAGGUUUCCUCUCCCCUGUUGAGGAAAAUCACUGUUCAAUUCCAAGAGGACUCAGUUGCAGAAGUCACCCAGAAUCACUUUGAUAAAUUUUUCAGCGGCUCCGAGCUGGUGGUGGCUGGGAAGGUGCUGCCAUCUGAGAGCAACACGCUGACCAGCUUCACCAUGGGGUCUGCUGCACGCCUGGACAUCAUUUUGGAGACAGACGCCGACACCACAGAGCUGGACGCAGAGCUGGCCAAGCAGCAGCACUCCUUCACUGGCUUUGCCCGCCAGAUGUGGGCUUACCUUACCAUUAAACAGCUGAUCGGUGAAAGGUCUCUGGCUACAACAGCUGUCAAAAAGAGGAAGAUCACCCAGCGGAUCAUGACUCUGGCUGUGGAGCAUCAGUUUGUCACUCCGUUCACCGCUCUGCUAGUGGAAAGUGGGGAUGCCACGGAGAGGUUGCUGGCUGACUCUCCAAAGGACCCUAAACAUGGCUGCUGCUCAGGAGGAUCAAGUGGUCCGCCUCUUGUGACAUUUGUUUACCAGCCUCCACCCUGGGUCCAACCCACCCCAACACCCACAACGGUUGAGGUUUUGGAAGGUCCAAAGGAGUUCACUGUGCCCCAGCAGGUUAACCUAGUGGAUAAUGACCCUCACUUCAUCAUCCAUCUGCCCAGAAGUAACAUGGACAUCUGCUUCAACAUUGACUCCAAACCUGGUCAUGUUCUUAACCUGCUUUCUGAUAGUGGAACAGGUGUAACUGUGAAUGGUCAGUUAAUUGGCUCUAAGAAAGUGAACAAACGCACCUACUUUGGCACCAUCGGCAUCUACUACCAGCCGGACGGCAUCAGUGUGAUUGUCAGUACUGAUGGAAUCACCAUGACUGAUGGCAGAAACAACCACUCCUUCACCUGGGGGUCUACAGCUGAAAUAAGACAGGAUGGGAUAAGGAUUUCCAUUGUAAAGAAUUCUAAUGUCAUCAUUACAAUAAAUAAUAGUACCCAGGUGAUGGUGUUGCUUCACCGUGUGUGGAAGAAACACCCUGUUAAUGUUGACUUUCUUGGGAUUUACAUUCCCAAUGAGAACCAGUAUUCACCUCUAGUCCACGGACUCAUAGGGCAGUUUUCCAGUGAGCCUGAGGUCAGCUUAUACGACAUCCACAAAGGAGCUGACCCUCUAAAGAAGGAGGCCACUAUGGAAGUGAAGGGCAACAAGCUGCUUGUCACCAGGGGCUGGCAGAAGGACUACAGGCGUGAUAAGAAGCGCGGCUCCAACGUCUACUGCUGGUUCAUUCACAACAGUGGGAAGGGCUUCAUUGAUGGCCACUACUCACAAUACAUUGUUCCAAAUCUAAGCAGCUUCCUCCACAUGCCCUGAGAAGCCAGAUCCACAUUAAAUUACCCUGUCCUGCUAUUAAUCCCCAGGGAUCAGUAGAGAAAAUUAGAACCAUUUAAAAAGGAGUCAUAUGAGUGAAGGGGAAUAUCUUUUUUUCCAUUGCUGUGCAACUAAAUUUAUUAAUCUUAUUUUCCACAGGACACCAGAAGUAACUUUUGUCAAAUUUAUUUUGAGAAAAUAUACAUCUGAAAGGUCAAAACUGACACGAAUACUAAAUAAAAACAAACAAAAACAAA